AUGAAGGAUUCGAAGGAUGAUGCUUGGGUUGCUAAUAAUGAAGGUGAAUUUUUAAUAACAUGUCAAGAUGAAACUCAAACUUCAAAGGGUGAAAAAGGUUGGGUUUUAAAUUCUGCUGCAUCUAUGCAUGUUUGUAAUGAUAAAGAUUGUUUUGUUGAAUUAAAAGAAGAUAAAAAAUAUGGAAAUAUUGUUGUUGGUAAUAACGAGAAAUUGAAGAUUAAAGGCGUUGGUAGCGUUCAUCUCAAGCUUCACAGUGGUAUUGUUAAGAAGCUUCGUCAUGGUAUUGUUAAGAAGCUUCGUCAUGUGAGGUAUGUACCUUGUUGUAGUCACAAUUUGAUUCCUUUGGGUGAGUUGGCUUCUUGUGGAUAUACCUACUUUGGUCAAAGAGAUGGAUGUGAAGUGUAUAAAGAUGAUGUUCUGAUUUUGCAAGGUAAAAGGAAUGAAAAACAACUAUAUUUGCUUGAUGAAAGUGUGUGUCAUAGGAAAUCAAGAGAUAAAGUUGUUCUAAUUCCUAUUGUGAAAUAA